AUGACGAGACGCCUGGUCUAUGGUGGUGCCUUAAUAGCUUUUUUAGCUGCCUCCGCCUUAACCUUGGCCAGCAUAAUAAUACCAAGAUGGAUAAGCUGGGAUAGCGAAACCCCCAGCGGCGCAAAGAUUCACUACACCUACGGUCUCCACCGCCGCUGUUCCUCUCUCACCAACGCCUGCGAAUACUUCCCUCACGAAGAAGACUGCCAUGGCGACCGUUACUUCUGUUCCAUGUGGCGCUCUGUCGGAUUUCUCACAUCAUUUACAGUCGUCCUAGAGGGUAUGACGCUCAUUACGUAUAUCGUCAUUCUGGUCGGAGGCAAGCAAAAAAGGGAAUCGGGGUGGAAGAUAUUGGCUGGACUGCAUCUGCUCUGCGGGGCUGUGGAAUGUGCUGGGAUGGCGAUCGUAGCAUACCUCUACGAGAACGAUGACCGCUUUUUCCCUGGGUGGAAACUCGACAUAUCAUGGAUCUUCUUAACCAUCAGCUGGAGCGUCAUGAUGCUCCUAGGAGCCGGAAUAACUGGAACUGCAUUGUUGCUACCAUCAGAAGAAGGCUACGAGCUGAUACCUGGUGAGGAUUGGCGCCGAGUUGGGGACCAGGAUGACUGA